AUCUAUUUAAUUGAAUAGCAACAUAUUUUUUGGAAAUGGAGAUUUGUCAUAUGUUCGGCAUUCGAACAAUAUUGUGCCUAACAUGUUGGUUAUUUAUAACAUUUUCACAAUGUCUUCCUUUUGAUAUUGACAAGAGUGAAUUCACCCGUGAUGUACAAGUCAUUCACGGCCAUAUAAAUUAUGGUGGCACUUACAGACUUCUUCAGACUACCACCCGGGUAGCGUCAGCUGUCGUUUUCGGGGCUUUGAAGAUUAGUCGGCCAUUCAUGCACGGUACAGCUACAUCACAUGUAUUUAUAGAAGAGUGGAAGCGUGACGAUACGUGGUUGAUAGGUGUUACAUAUUAUGGCAACUCUAUUUUCGGUCGGGUUCAACGGACAUAUGUCGUGAAGUACAUGAGAACUACGUAUAGAAUAUCUAGGAGUAUGAAGAACAAUUUUCUUAGAGGUCCUGUAAUGAUUCGUAUGGAUAUGUCAUCUGGUUGUGUACAUCCUGUCAUUGAUUCUAAAAUUGUAUUUAAUGGAGGUAAACCUACUAUUUGGUACUAUGUUGCUAAUAAGAUACCUCACCAUAACAAUUCAUCUUUUAGCAAGUUAUGGUCCAAUGAUAACGACUUUCUUAUAUCUCCUAUUGUCAACAUAGAUGCUGCAUCUCGAGUAACAGGUUAUGGUCCAUCUUCUUUAAUAGGGCAUAUAUCUGGAUUUUCACAGUUUGACGAUGGACACACAAUACAAAUAACUCUUGGACGUACGGGUGACCGCAUAUAUACAUUGCAUAUUCCUCGGAAUCACGAACGCAUUUUCACUCCUAUGUGCAUUGUGAAAGACCUAACCAUUAUAGGUACCAAUCAACGCAUCCCUGCUGGUUCUAGGCCUAUAAAGAUUGUGAUAGAUAUAUCUAAGAAAGAAGGACCCUCAGGUGAUGUCGUGAUUUUAUCGAAUAUACGGCGUGGUGAAUGGAACUAUUCGCAGCAUGCUAUACUCCCAUUACGUAACAUGGAAGAGAUUGAUGUAAGCGUAAAACAUGUAGGGCGUGGAUGUGACAUAUACGAUGUCAAGGAUGACGAAAUAGUAACGCAUGUUGAAAUAUUUAAGGAAGAGUUCGACAUCUUGGUGUAUGUGGUGGUGAAUACUAAAAUGUUAGAGAACCCAUCUAUUGAAAGACAAUACGUUUUUAAAUACAACAACAGUUUGUCUUCACCAGCUUACUCCCUUUUAGAUGACGUACAAGGGAAGGAAGCUUUAAGGAAGUUAUGUAGAAUAUUCACUUUACUUCCCGAUGAUUUAAGCGACCUUCAUGUGCCGUCUGAAUAGACUUUGUUGGUCCACUUAGUUAUCUUCUUUACUUUCUAGA